CUCUCUCCCUCUCUCUCAUUCGCAGAGCAGGUCCUUCACCCCUCAAACAGUACAGACCAGGGUAGUGUAAUCAGAUGGACGUGUUGGCCGUUCCUGCACACAGACAUAAAGGGUGGUACCUUUCCCUCAUGGCGCCAAACACAAAGGGACCAGCGUUUGCUUGGCUGGAUCCGUCCAGACUCUACUGUAACUCCCAGGCUCUGGCAGACUGCGUCGCUGACCUUCUCAGUCCGUUCUCCAGCGACACCGUUGACCUGGUUGCCGGGAUAGAUGCGAUGGGAUUCAUCCUCGGAGCGUCUGCUGCCACGAGUCUGGGAAAAGGUUUCCUGGCGAUCCGUAAAGCAGGUCACCUGUGUGUCGCGACUCAAAGCCAAAACUACUCUGACUACACAGGUCGAGAGAAGACCAUGGAGACGAGACUGGAUGUUCUGAAACCAGGAGUGAGAGUGUUGCUCGUGGACCAAUGGAUCGAGACGGGGGGAACGAUGAAGGCAGCGAUCGAGCUGGUGGAGCAGCUGGGAGCCACUGUUGUAGGCGUUGCAGCCGUGGCCGUCGAAAACACCAAGGGAGGGAAGUGGAUCAAAGACAACUACAGGGUGUCCCACUGCAUCCCCGAAGAACUGCAGAGCCAAGUGGAUCGAAAACACCUCGAGUCUUUCAAAAGCUUCAACAGCUGAAUGUGCAAAUCCUGUAAAAUAUAACGUUCUUAGUUGUUAAAGUUCCAGUGUGUAAGAAUUAGUGACAUCUAAUGGUAGGAUGGCAGAUUGCAACAAACGGAGGAUUCCAGUGCUCACCCCACCAUGUCACAAGCACUGUAGAGGAAUACAGGGGCCUUCACAGACCAGAAAAUUCCACUUCAAGACACAUUAAGGCACAAAAUGGUGGGGAUGAGUGUCAGAAUUCUAUGAUUAAAGUCAGAAUUUUGAGAUUAUAGUCAGAAUUCUAAUAUUAAAGUC